UGAGAGGUAGUGAUACACAGCUGGUGUUUUGUAUGAGCCGAAUUUGGAUACUUGGAAAGUGUAGCAGACGAGAUUUCGAUUGACAGCCGAAAUGUGGAACCUGUGGUGAGAGGUGAUGAUGGCAUGUAGCACAUCUCUAUGGAGCCGUUUAAACUGACACUCCAGCAGAUAACAUUUGACCAGGAUCAGUUUGAGUACGCACCCCAGCUCAACUCCUUUGACGCUGUCAUCAACUACGACUCCAGUUUUUCAGCCGAAUCUCCACCUGCUGCAACAGUAGACACCAGCACAACAUCGAGUACAACUACUUCAUCACCACUACUUCCCCCAGGAACCCACGCAAGCUUCUACCAGACUUACACGCCCCAGCCUGUCGUGCAUCAAGUUGACCCCGGUGUGGUCCGACUCCUCAAGCAGUCCACCACACCAACGAUACCUCAUCAACCCUGACGACAGCUUCAUCAAACUCACCGACCCCCACAAUGGGCACUGUGUGGCCCACACAGCCGCAGCAGACAUAGCAUACCUGUCCCAGGUUACUGCUAACACUGCAGCUGUCAACCAGCACGUCGCCAAGAAGAAGCGCAAGUUUGUGGGGAGAACCACAGUUAUCAACUCCACAUCGACUGCUGUCACCACCAUGCCAUCUGAGACCACGUCAUCGCCGCCAAACAAACAACCAGCCCCCGAGGGGGAGGAGAACAGUUCCUUUGAGACUGUUGCAGAAGCUCUGCGAUUACAGUGGUCUGUAAUAGGUAACAAAGACAUCACUCCAGCAUCACCAGAUGUUGUUGCUCAGAUUGUUGCUGAGGCAGAGAAGAAACUCAAAGCUGGUGAUGGAUCAGGGACCACAACUCCUGUGCUGGACACAUCAAGGGGAACAACUCCUGUAAUACCAGGAGCCACAACUCCCACCACUCCAACCCCAAGGGGGACAACUCCUACCACACAAACUCCAAGGGGGACAACUCCAGUUUUGCCUGAAGCAGCAAACCCAAAUCUUCCAAGUCCCGGUGCUACACAUGAUUAUUCACAGGUGCCAAGUCCAACUUUGUCUCCUCAAUCACCAACAGCUGAAGUGAUCAAACAUGAUACUACUGACACCCCGCACAGUGUUAGUAAGGAAACUACAAAGAGUGCAGAUACUGCUGAGACCAAGGAACUGAUCCGCAUCCCUGCAGGAUCCCUGACACGGACCACCACCAAAGAGAAAUCUGGCUGGUUCGGAGGCAAGGACCCCAAGGCAGCAAAGGUAGGACCGAAGGGUGACAAGAAGAAGUCUGACAAGCAGAGGAAGGUUUCUGAGGACAGUCUGCAGGAUGGACCUGUGAAUGGUUCCGGAAGUGUGAGUGACAGGACAGAUGAUACCAGGAGCGUGUCCAGUAUCUCCAGUGAGCAGGAGUUGGAGAAAUAUAACCAAUCUGAAACCGACAACUUCUUGAAAUCUUUGCCUCCUGUUAAAUCAGUGGAUAUGAGUCAGUUUGUGCAACAUAGACACUCGCCUCCUGUGAAGGAAACCUCUUUUAAACCUGUACAUAAUGCAAAAAGUCCUGCCCAACAAGCCAAAGUCACAUCCUCAGAUUCGGGAGUGGACAUGGAUGUUAGUUCCCUUUUGCAACAUCCGCUUACAUCUACACCUUAUGCAAUUCCAGCAAACAAGCCACAAAUAUUUGUUCCACAAAUUGGUCCCUUGUUUCCAAAGACAGAGCCGGUUGUGUACAACACUAGCUCACUGCUUCAGCGUCCUGUGAAGACCAGCAAAUACGGUGAUGCAAGUCCAGCUAUGAAGAAGCAGUUGGAUGAGGCUCUGAGAGAGAAAGCCAAGCUAGAAGGACAGCUGGAGGUGCUAACACAGGAGGCGCAGUCCACACUCCAGGAGAGAGCUGAGUUACAGGCCCAGCUGGCCUCACUCAGACUCAAGAUUCUGUCUCACAAAGGCGGAGAACAUGAUCCAGAAAAAGAGUCCCUUAGACAUGAGGUUGAUAUGCUGAAGAAAUCGCGAGAAACCUUGGAACAAUCAGCGAGAGAGAUUCAGAAACUCCUAGAGGAGAAAAUCGAAGAAAGUAAAAUCUCUCAUGAAGAACUUCAAAUGACCCAGGAGGCUCAUGACAAGCUGCAGCUCAGAAUGAAAGAUCUGAGAGAUGAUAUCAUGUCUAAAGAAGUAGCAGUACAGGCUCUUAAGAACAAGGUAGCUGAGCUCUAUGUUGAAGUGCAAAAUGGACUGCAGUCUAAAAAGGAGUUUGAAAAUGAGACAAGAUCUGCCAAAAGUGAUCUUGUGUCUCUUCUGAAGACAAAGGAAUGGUACCAGCAGCAGUUGCAGUUGGCGCAUGAUGUCAGGUCACAGCUCCAGAAGGAGUUGACCAUCCUACAAGCCCAGAGUGUCAGUCAGGGAACAAUUGUUGAGCGGUUGAAAACAGACAAUGCUAAGCUAAGGGUGCAGCUGACUGAAGCUCAACACAGAGCCCUGAAACAGAAGGAGAUGCUCGCCAAGCAUCUUGAAACAAUUGAAUCUGACAUGAUGGAGCGUGAGGCAGCCUUUCAGGAGAUUCAGAGGGAGAGGGCAAUGAUUGAAGAUACUUUCAAUACACAGAUUACCUCAGCUGAAGAUGAAAGGUCCAGACUGAAUCUUCUCAUGCAAAUCAACAAUGACCUGCAAGCCAGGCUGGACAAAGCUCAGGAGGACCUCAAGAAGAAGCAUGGGCAGAUAUUUGAUAUGGAAAAUGAACAGAUGGAGUUGAUGAAGAAGAUGACUCUCUCCCAGGAAACUCUGAUGGAGAAGGAGAAAGAGCUUGAGGAUGUGAAUCAGAAGCUGAUCGAGGUUGAGGCUCAGCUGAAGGCCUUCCAGGCUGAGAUCACACAGAAGGACAAGGAGAUCCUUCAGCUGAGGGAGGAGAAGGCUUCAGCAGAAAUCUUGUAUCAAGCUGUGAAGGAGGAGAAGACAGUGGUGGAUGAAGCCCUUGAGAAGCUUCAGAAUGAUAUGUACAAGGUGGAGAAGAGCUUCAAGAUGAUGAAGAGUGAACUCAAUAUGAAACUGACUGAGUUGGAGAAGGUGAACUCAGUCAAGUCUCAACUUCAGAAGGAGCUUGAGACCAUGAGGAAGGAUCUCAAUAUCAAAAACCGUAGCUAUGAAUCAAUGCAUACAGAUUAUAAUGGUAAGUCAACUCAGGUGCAGCAAUUAGAGAUCCAAAAGACCUCCUUGGAGAGUGAUGUGAAAAUGUUGAGGGAACAGUUAGCUGCAGUUAUGUCGACUCAGGAUACAAGUGUGACAGAGAGACAAGCAUUGAUUACAGAGCUUUCAGAAACUAAACAAAGGCUAGAGGCAGCAGAUCAACAACUCACCAUGAAAGUGGACAGUGUUAGUGUACAGCAGAGUACUGAGAGUACUGUGUCAGAUGAAAGGUAUGAGGACAUAUCCAGGGAGAACCAGGCUGUGAAGGACAGAUUAGCAGAAUCAGAACAAAGGCGAGAACAUGAGAAACAGAAACAUAAAGAACACAGUGAACAGCUCAAUAAUGAUCUUAGCUCUCUGAAGGAAGAGUUGACGAGCAGACAGAAGGCGUUUGAGGUCAACGUUGAGACACUGAGUUCCCGACUGCGAGAGGUGAUGGCAGAGAAGGAGAAGGUGCAGACAGAGCUGGAGAUGAUGCAGAGACAGUUUGAGAUCAGUUCCAUUGAACAGCAGGACCAGAUGAGGACAGAGCUACAGACUCUGGCCACUGAGUUGUCAACAUCCCGUCUAUCACAACAAGAACUUCACAGUCAACUUAUUGCUCUACAACAUGCCAAGGAGACAGAAGUAGCCACACUCAGGCAGGAGUUGUCUGCUCUUGAUGCAGCUCUACAACAGGUGAGGGAGGAAGAGAGUGAGAGGGAGAAGACAGAUGAGCUGAAUCAGCAGCUGUCCUUGGAGCUGGAGAAGGAGCGAGGAAGAUUGGCAGGUUUGGUGCAGAACAACAGUUCCUUGAAGCAGCAUGUGUCCCAGCUGGAGGAGGCUCUGGCACGAAGAGAGUCCUCCCUGGUGGAGGUCCAUGCCCAGUUGACCGAUGCCAUGGCAGGACAGGACAAUGUCCAGCAAGACUACCUUCGCCGGAUCCAGGGUCUUGAGGACCUCCUGCAGAAGGAGAAGGAUGGUCAGAGGGACCUCAGGAAGCAGAUCGGGACAAAGAUAUCAGAGAACAAACGUCUGAAGAAACAGUCAGAUGCUUCAAAGCAGGACCUGGAGCAGUUGCGACAGGAUGUGCAGACACGAGAUGCGACGCUGAACCAGCUGCAGGCUGAUCUGGACUCCAGCAGACAGACCGUGUUGAGCCACCAGGCCCAGGUGACCAGCCUCUCCUCUCACAACAAGGGGCUGGAGCAGGAGCUGGAGAGGGUGCGGCGGGAUCUCGCAGACAACAUCGCCCGCAACCCCCUCAUCAUGGAGCAGAUGCAGUCCCAACAGUGGCAGCUGCAGCAGAAGUCGGUAGAGGUGGACCAGCUGCAGGAACAGCUGCGUCUGGCAGAGCUCCGACAGCAUACGGAGCUGAACAGCAUGAGGAAGACCCUUCAGGAAAAGCAAGAGGAGAUUGACUCUCUGAAGGCGGAGAUGGCAGCCAUUAGGAAGGACAAGCUGAGUCAGAAGACCCGCGUCACGGAGCUCCGGAGUGCCCUCAAGUCAUCAGUGCAGCACCACAAGCUUGCAAAGAAGAUCAUCUCCAAGAAGAAGGAGCUUCAGAUGGCGGCAGGUGAUGGGGUGGUCACGUCCAGCGGUGAGGAUAAGGGGACGCAAGUCAACUUUGAAACCUCUACCCCCCUUCCGGCGCCGUCCUUUGACCUGGAGGCUGUGGAGAGGCUCCUGCAGGACACGUCAGUGAAGGCCCUAGAAAGCAAACCCCUGGACAACCUUCAGACCUGCCUGAGCUCACUGAGGUCCGAGAUCUCCGGACUCCAGAGGCAGAUGGAUGUCCACACCACCACUGUCCACACGUCAAACAAGAGCUGGAGGAGCAUCGAGUCCGAAGUCAAUGAGCUCCGAGAGGUGGUGAAGACAGUAGCCAACACAACCCUAGCAGCAACUACAUCGACAACAUCCAACGCCUCAGACGUUGUCCAGACACAGUCGGAUAUUGUGGACAUUUAGAUCAUCCCAUACAGCACAAAUGACACCGCUCCUGUUGCUAUGGUUUCACGUAGGUGACGAAGAUGCACAACAGAAUCUCAUAACGUGAUACUACAAUGCUCACUGUUGUUGAUGAGACUUUCACAGAAUGAGUUUGAGUUGAAUUCACUGACACAAAUUUCAGUGACCACGAUUUUUAAACUGGGAUGACAUUGCGUGAAUGUGUAUGUAAAGAGUGAAAGAUGAUCCCUUGCUUCUUUCAGUGAGUCCUGACAAGGUCAUUUAAUGUCCGUAUACAUGGGGGACAAGUUUGUAAAUAGCAGUCAUAUAUUGGCAGUAGCUGUGGUUGAACUCAUCUUGGGACGACUUCUACCGCACUUUUAACAAGGUGACGUGUAUAUAGUUAUUUAUUUAAUACCGAUAUUCAUAAAGCAUGUUUGUUUU